AUGUUUCAAGAGCGGCCCUGCACCUGGGGGAUAGUCUAUUGCUGCAGCCUAUCGUUCCCCAGGAGCUCAAAUACUUUCGCUCACAACACGGUGCCCGAGCACCUUGGUGUCACAGAAUGUGGCGUCUUGCAGCAGCGGAGGUGGCGGUGCCGCUGUAGCUCGUAGACUUUGUAGUCUACCACAGAGGUUACACUGCUGUCACCGCUCUAUCACAGAGGUUGGUCUACACUGCUGUGAAAUCGGUAGGCCCGAGCGAGCUUUGGAAAGAGAAAUGCAGAUAGAUGUUCUUAUCAACUGACUCCCUGGUCAGGCUUUGAUGGGUGCUAGAUGAGAGUGAGCACAAGGGGCGAAGGCGCGCUUGUGUCUCAUCUCAACAACAAAAC